AUGACAAAGGCAAAUGAGACCCUGCCACUUAUCGCCCCGCGUCCUAUCGUCACCCCGAACUUGGACGAUGAAAGAGCAAACAUGCACAAGUCUCCUUCGGCCUCAGCGCUUUCUCCAGGCUCGGUAGAAGCUCGGCGCAAAAUGAUGUUGAGUCCAGAUUUCAACGAUGGUCGACCUUCAAAGCGGACCCCUUCCGCGGACAGCCCCAUGCGCCGGCGGAACUCGGUCUCGGCCGCAGACGUGUUUGGACAUCCUCAAAGACCUUUUUACGAACGUCUCUUAACCCAUCAUCAAACCGUCACCAACCCAGGAUCUCCGUUUGAUGGUCAAUUUGUCAACCUGAACACGAGUACUUUCUUUGCUCACAAGAAUUCGAGCGGACUCCUCGACAGCAAUGCCAGCGUAUACUCCGAAGAUGAACAAUCGCGGCGGAUUGCUCGCUUGAAUACUUUGAGGCCGCUUCGUCUUAUUGGAGAUUACCGCCAAUUGGCCGACUGGAAAGAGGGAUACUGCCACGACUUGAAUAGUAUCAAAAACCGCAAGGUCCGUCAGUACUACCGCGACCAAAACUACCUAAUCGAGCGGUUCUGUGAGAUAGACGAUUUUCUCGAUAGCGGUCAGAUGCACAUAAAUAUGCUAUCCACUUAUGGUCAGGAAGAGCUCCCUGAGAUCCCAGAACACGAGCCGAUAGACGCUUCUUCUAUGGAGCGUGAGAACAACGACAGUAAGCAAACCACUCAUCUGAAAUCGAGGUUCAAUGAUGUGCCUGGUAACGUUCAAAGCGAAGGUGCACAUUUUCUUGGCUACAACCACGAGCAAAACUCCCACGAGGUAUUGGUGGCUAUCCUCGUAAACUUUGUCAUCAACUUUAUCUUGCUUAUUGGGAAAUUGGUAGUGGCUCUCCUCACCAAUUCGAUCUCGGUGGUAGCGUCGCUUGUCGAUUCCGUCCUUGACUUUUUGUCAACAUUCAUCAUUUAUAUUGCCAACAGACUCACCACCGUGCAAACCUCAACCAUUAAACAUAGUUAUCCCGUUGGAAGGUCGCGACUCGAGCCUCUUGGUAUUCUCAUAUUCUCAGUCAUCAUCAUUAUUUCAUUUUUCCAGGUGGGUCAAGAAUCUUUCAAACAAAUCUUUUUGCUGCCAGGACCAAAAGUGCCAGUUUCAAUUGGUCUCGAUGCAAUUGGCAUCAUGAGUCUCACUAUAGUAGCCAAAGUAUGCUGUUGGAUCUGGUGCAGUAAGAGCAAAUCAAGUUCGGUGCAAGCAUUGGCCCAAGACGCCAUGACCGAUAUUGUAUUCAACAUUGUUUCUUUGUUGAUGCCGACCCUCGGUCAUUACUUUAAUAUUUGGUGGUUCGAUCCUGCUGGUGCUCUCUUACUUUCCUUCUACAUUAUAAUCAGCUGGUCUGUCACUGCGUAUCAGCAUAUUGACAAUCUUACAGGAGCAGCUGCCAGCCCAUUAGAAUACAAAGUGAUCUUGUAUCUUUCCUUUAGGUUUGCAGAGCUGAUCAAGCAGAUCACGGCGUUGAAGGUAUACCAUGUUGGAGACAAUUUAAACGUUGAAAUUGACGUGGUGUUCAAUAUGGAGGACAUGAGACUCAAUUUCAAGGACUGCCAUGAUAUAGCGGAAGCGCUUCAGUAUGCUGUGGAAACACUUCCCACGGUCGAGAGGGCGUAUGUCCAUAUUGACUACAUGGAGGGGAAUUUUAAGGGCCAUCUCAAUUAA